GUUCCAUUUGAACCGGCGACCGGAGAAAGUAAAGGCGAGUCACUGAUUUAUCGAAAGAAAAACAAAGGCAUAAAAAAACAAGCAAAUGCCAGUUGCGAUAACAAUACCUGGCUACCGCUACUGCCACAAGCUCAACCACCGCCUUUCCGCCCUCUCCUCCGCCAGAAAACCAAUGGUCACCACCGCCAGCAGCUCCAGAGCCACCAGCAAUGGAGGCGCGUUUACCACCAUUAAAGAGACAGUAACAUUCGAAAAAGAAAUUAAAAAGAGCAAGUUCAUUGCCAUCGCCGGCCCCAUCUCUAGCGAACAAUCUGCUCACUCUUUCCUCAAUCAGGUCAAGGAUCCGCGUGCUACUCACAAUUGCUGGGCUUACAAGGUUGGGGAUCAAUACCGGUCGAAUGAUGACGGUGAACCUUCUGGAACGGCGGGGAAGCCGAUUCAUUCUGCGAUCGUUUCUUCAGGUUUAGACAGAAUCAUGGUGGUCGUUAUUAGGUAUUUUGGAGGAAUUAAAUUGGGAACGGGAGGACUUGUUAGGGCUUAUGGCGGAGUGGCGGCGGAGUGCUUGCAAAAUGCUGCCACUUGUCUUGUAAAAUCCAAAGUUCCAAUGGGAGUGGAGGUUCCUUUCGAUCUUUUGGGAGUUCUAUACCAUCAAUUGCAAUCUUUUGAAGUUGAGGACAUCAAACAGGAUUAUGAUACAGGCAAAGAUGGGAUUACCAUGGUUUCAUUCAAAGUUGAUUUUGAUCGGGUCGAGAAAUUAGAAGAGACCAUCAAAGCCAAUUGUAGCAGAGAACUUGUGUUUUAUAAGCAUUGAAAGUUGAAACCAACUUCAAAUUCCACCAUGGAGAUAGAUUCCAUCUACAAAUUUCCCAGCUUCGGUGCAACAGAUUCAAGUUUCGUUAUGUGCUGCAAAUCUUCUUUUCGCUCGUAGGAGCAGAGAUCCGAAUCACGUGCUCAUGAAAAAUACAUUGUGAA